AUGGAAACUUUACAAAAAUAUCAAAAUGUUGAAUAUCAAAAUAGGCAAAAAUAUCGUCAACGAAUGGAAAGACAAUACAAAAUUGUUAAACCUCAAGCAACACAAGAAGAAAUUGAUUCUGCCAUAGAUAAUGAUGACGCAGCUAAAGAAGCUCUUAAAGAAGUACAAGAACGUCAUGAUGAUAUUAAAAAGAUUGAAAAAACAAUUGAAGAAAGAACAAAACUAAAUUGUAAACAUAAAGUAAAAGCUGAAUACAGUUUCACUCUAUAA